AUGAGCAAUUCGGCUGCUUUGGCAUCAUCAUCACGCUCACCCGUGGCUGUGUUUCUUGCCUUCUCCCUCGUCUGGCUCUCCAGCCACGUCCUUGCCGCCGGACACCCUGACUACACCGACGCGCUCACCAAGUCGUUGCUCUUCUUCCAGGGGCAGAGGUCCGGCCGCCUGCCGGCGGACCAGGCCGUCAAGUGGAGGUCCAACUCCGCCAUGUCCGACGGCUCGGCCGCAAACGUCGACCUCACCGGCGGCUACUACGACGGCGGCGACAACGUCAAGUUCAAUUUCCCCACGGCGUUCACCACGACCAUGCUGUCGUGGAGCAUCAUCGAGUACGGUGGGCGGAUGGAGGGGCGCGUUCACGACGCGCGCGCCGCUGUACGGUGGGCGACGGACUACCUCCUGAAGGCCGCCAAGACGACCCCGGGCAAACUCUACGUCGGAGUGGGCGACGCCGACGCCGACCACCGCUGCUGGGAGCGGCCGGAGGACAUGGACACGCCGCGGAAUGUGUACGAGGUGUCGGCGUCCGCCCCGGGGUCCGACGUCGCAGGGGAGACCGCGGCCGCGCUCGCCGCAGCCAGCCUGGUCUUCAAGGCCGCCGACCCGGACUACUCCAGGAGGCUGGUCGCGGCGGCCAGGGACGUAAUGGCGUUCGCUUGGCAGCAUCAGGGGAAGUACAGCGACCACGUCGGCGGCGGCGUGAGCAACUACUACCCGUCCUACUCCGGCUACAAGGACGAGCUCCUAUGGGGAUCCGCAUGGCUGCUCUGGGCGACGAAGAACAGCUCCUACCUCAACGACCUCAUCUCCCUCGGCGCCAACGACGGCGUCGACAUGUUCAGCUGGGACAACAAGCUCGCCGGAGCGCGCGUUCUUCUGUCACGGAGAGCCCUGUUGGACGGGGACAAAAGGCUGGAACCCUUCACGCGUCAAGCGGAGGAGUUCAUCUGCCGCGUCCUGCCCAAGUCCAGCUCCCCUUCGUCCACGACGCCGUACACGCCGGGCGGGCUGAUGCACCGGUCGGGCAACGCCAACCUGCAGUACGUCGCCUCCGCGAGCUUCCUGCUCACCACCUACGCCAAGUACAUGGCCGUCUCCAACCACGCCUUCUCCUGCCAGAACCUCCCCGUCACCUACAAGUCCCUGAGGGCACUGGCCAAGAGGCAGGUGGACUACGUGCUAGGCGACAACCCGCUGGGGAUGUCCUACAUGGUGGGCUACGGUGCGCGCUCCCCGCAGAGGAUACACCACAGGGCGUCCUCCAUGCCGUCCAUGGCCGCGCACCCGGCGCACAUCGGCUGCCAGGAGGGUUUCCAGAGCUACCUCUACGCCAGCGGCCCUAAUCCCAACGUGCAUACCGGCGCCAUCGUCGGCGGGCCGGACCAGAACGACGCGUUCCCGGAUGACCGCGCCGACUAUGCGCGGUCGGAGCCCACCACGUACACCAACGCACCCCUGAAACUCCGCGAGCAUCACGCGUUCAAGUCGGGAUUUGAAUUCGGAUGGGCUAGCAGCAACCUCAGCUGCCAAGCCAACGGGUCGACGCCCCAUCCUCGGCAGCUACAAGAAAUGACUACGACGUAG